AUGGCGUGCCCCUCCAGAAUCGCCGGCGCAGCGCUGCGCAGAGCCCGCUGCUCACGCGUUCCGCUGCAGCAGGCCGCCCGCUUGCACCCUGCUGUCCAGGUGCGCUGGACUGGAAGCACAUCUGCAACCAGUGAGCCUCACCAGCCGGACAGCAAGGACGGCGUGAAGGGUAAGCCCGCUCCGUCUAAGACCGUCAAGUUCACCACCGAAUCGUACCCGCAUUUGAAGCGCGAUUCCAAGUUCGCGGAGCUUACGCCGGAUCAUGUGAAAUAUUUUAAGGAACUUCUGGGGUCUCAGUCUGCUGUUAUCGACGGGGUUACUUCUGACGCCUCCGACGACAUUGAGGCUUUCAACAGCGAUUGGAUGCGCAAAUUCCGCGGCCACACGAAGCUCGUCCUCAAGCCCGGCUCGACGGAAGAAGUGAGCAAGAUUUUGAAGUACUGCAACGACAACAUGCUGGCUGUGGUUCCCCAGGGCGGCAACAGUGGUUUGGUCGGUGGAUCGGUACCAGUGUUUGACGAGAUCGUUGUCAACAUGUCUCGCAUGAACAAGAUCAGGUCGUUUGAUGAGGUCUCGGGAAUCCUGGUUGUGGACGGCGGAGUCAUCCUCGAAGUGGCCGACAACUUCCUCCAGGAGAAGAACUACGUGUUUCCCCUGGAUCUGGGCGCGAAGGGAUCUUGCCAUAUCGGCGGCAACGUUGCAACCAAUGCCGGUGGACUUAGGCUUCUGAGAUACGGCAGCUUGCACGGGAACGUGUUGGGUAUUGAGGCCGUGCUCCCUGAUGGCACCAUCGUCGACGACCUGUGUAAAUUGCGCAAGAACAACACUGGAUAUGACCUGAAGCAGUUGUUCAUCGGAGGCGAGGGCACAAUUGGCAUUAUAACUGGUGUCUCCAUUGUUUGCCCGCAAAACUCGCCCGCCAUGAACGUUGCAUACUUCGGACUGGAGAGCUUUGAGAAGUGCCAGCAGGCCUUCCGUGAAGCCAAGGGCCAGCUAUCGGAAAUCCUCUCCGCCUUUGAGCUUAUGGAUGGUCGGAGUCAAAACAUUUUGAAACAGGCAAUCAACAAGAAACUACCUUUGGAGGGUGACUACCCUUUCUACUGCCUCAUCGAAACCCGGGGCUCCAACUCUGAUCAUGACAGCGAGAAACUGUCGGCUUUCCUUGAACAUGUCAUGGGUGAAGAGAUUGUCGCUGAUGGUGUACUCGCUCAAGAUCAAACCCAGAUGGCUGAACUCUGGUCUUGCCGUGAGGGAAUCACUGAGUGCUUGGGCCACUGGGGAGGCGUCUACAAGUACGACUUGUCUAUUCCUCUGGAAGAGCUGUACCAGCUGGUUGAUGACACGCGCGACCGCCUCACGAAGGCCGGCCUCGUUGGAGACUCGGACGAGUACCCUGUCGUCGAUGUUGUCGGUUACGGACACAUGGGUGAUAGCAACCUCCACCUGAACAUCCCCACCAGGAGAUUCGACAAGGCCGUGGAAAAGGAACUUGAGCCGUUUGUCUACGAAUGGGUGGCGAAGAGGAAUGGAAGCAUCAGCGCCGAACACGGUCUCGGCUUGACGAAGAAGCCAUAUAUUGGAUACAGCAGGAGCGAGACUAUGGUCAGGCUGAUGAAGCAGAUCAAGGACACCUUCGACCCGAAUGGCAUUAUGAACCCUUACAAGUACAUAUGA